GCGGUGGGACACUUGAGGGUUAAAGCUAACAGUCAACCGUGAGUAAAAAUAAACGCAGAAGGGCAACACUGCAGAGAUCUCCAUUGGCGGACACUCUCCUCGUCUCCGCGUCCUAUUGGCUAGCUGGUGAUUGAUGUCAUGGCCAGACUCCUCCUCUGUGUGUCAGUGGCCAUAGCGCUCUGCUCCACAUCCGCGGUCUGCAUGUCAGUGUUCUCCAGUGGCCCUGAAGCCCACACGGUUCUGCGGUCCAAGAGGGCCAACAGCUGGCUGGAGGAGCUGAAGCCGGCCAAUAAGGAGCGGGAGUGCAUUGAGGAGCGCUGUGACUUCGAGGAGGCCCGGGAGAUCUUCGGGACCAAGGAGGCCACGUUGGAGUUCUGGACCGUUUACACAGAUGGAAACCAGUGUAUCCCCAACCAGUGUGUGAACGGCUCCUGCGUAGACCUGUACCAGGCGUUUGCAUGCCACUGCAACCCGGACUACGAGGGCAAGUACUGCGACCAGCCCCGGGCGGCCACCAGCUGCUCGCUGGAAAACGGCAAGUGUGACCACGAGUGCACGGAGAGCGCAGACGGCCUGAGUCGCACCUGCAGCUGUCUUGGCGGGUACCGUCUCCACGACAACGGCAAAAGCUGCGAACCCAUAAGCAGGGCGUCCUGCGGUCAGCUGCUACUCAGCAGGUCCUCCUACAGCGGGCCCAUGGUCGGCCUCACCCCCUGGGUGACCGGGGGGGAGGUGGGCAAGAAGGGAGAGAGCCCCUGGCAGGCAAUGCUGCUCAACCACGCAGGAAAGUUCCACUGUGGCGGGGUUCUGAUAGACGAGAACUGGGUCCUGACCGCAGCCCACUGCCUCAGCAAGAGCACGCGCUUCAAAGUCCGCCUCGGCGACUACGAGCGCUACACCCUGGAGGGCACGGAGGAGACCCUGGCGGUGACCCGCGCCUUCAAGCACCCCGCCUACUACAACCGCCACAUGGUGGACCACGACAUCGCCCUGCUGCGGCUGGAGCGUCCCGCCCAGCUGUCCAUCUGGAUCGUCCCCGCCUGCCUGCCGCCGCGACCCAUGGCCGAGCGCGUGCUCCACCUCAACGGCACGGUCACCGUGGUGACGGGCUGGGGCAAGGAGCAACCGGACGACCCCGAGGCGGCUCCCGUGGUCUACAGCUCGGCGCUGAACGUGAUCCAGGUGCCGCUGGUGGAGCGCGCAGAGUGCCAGAGACACAUGGACUUCAACGUGUCGGAGAACAUGCUGUGCGCCGGCGUGCUGGGCAGCCCCAUGGACGCGUGCGAGGGCGACAGCGGGGGGCCCAUGGUGACGCUGUACCGGGACACCUGGUUCCUGCUGGGCCUGGUGUCCUGGGGGGAGGGGUGCGGCCGCCUCAACAAGCUGGGCGUCUACACCAAGGUGGCCAACUACAACGAGUGGAUCGACGAAGUGCGCCAGGAAUGGGACAGGACGCACGGGCAGCACGGCUGAUCCCUGCUCGGGCGGGGGGGAAGGGGAAGGGGAAGGGGAAGGGGGGGGCCUCUCGUGGGUCCCCCGCCAUAAGAAAAGCCUUCCUCCGCCAUAAUAAAAGGGGGAGAUGUUGCACAGAUUUGAUGAAUAAAAACUGAUUUCUCUGAGA